AGUUGUAUUUUGUAUUCAUUUAUUAUGUGAAGGAUUAUUAUCUGGAAAGCUAAGCAGACAGGUGCAGAUUUAAAAAAGCAAUGCCACUUUUGAACCUCUGAACCGCUCCUAUGUUAUACAUAUUUAAAUAAUUCGGUCAUAAAAUUACUCAAACAUCCGCCUUGAGUUCCCGCACAAUACUUAUCUUAACAACAAUGAGGAGCAACCCUCUGAAGAACUUCUCCCUGACCAGAAGGGGCCAGCCUUACAAGGAGUGGCACAGUCUGAAGGGAGGGGCUGAGUUCAUGUUCAUAGCCAGCGAACAGAAUGACGUCCUCAAGGCAAACCCCAAGAUAGAACCACGACUGGAAGACUUCAUGGAGAUGAUCCAGCGCGAAGUUGGAUCCAGUGUUAUCGUGAAGAGGUGCGUCACUGAACAGGGUGAGAGCAUCACCUCCUGGAAAGUGCACUGUGCACUACCAUCAAAACCCGCGGCGAUAAGGAGUGUGUAUGUAGUGCAGUGUGCACGCAGUUCGCACUGGAGCGUGCUCACUUUGCACAGGAAGGACCCUAUGGAGUGGAUGUAUGAGGGGAACAACGGGAGAACAGAUAGAAGCUCACACGCCCACCACGUUCAUCAGCACAAAAUGUGGAAGUACUGAAAAACAGAAAAAAACUGCUUGUGGUGAACAAUUUCACAUAUUUUUUGUUCUAGAAAUUUUCUUUCAGUAUAUUAUAGUUGAUGGCCUUUAGGGAAACUCGUUUAU